UUUUCGUGCAUUUUAUUUAGUGGUAGUUGUUUUUGACUUUGUGAGAUAGGAUUCUAUUAUAUUUUCGACUUGAGCCAAAUUAACUCCUUGCACUGACUGUUCAAUUUAGUUGACAGUGUUGUGUCGAAUUAGUAAGUGGCUGAACGAUUCUUUACAGAAGCAGUGGAAUACAAGGAAAUUGAAUUUGGAAUAUUAGAAACUGAAAAUAAAUCUAAUUGCUUUAUAUUGUUUGAGCAAUCGUUUUUAAAUAGGUAAAAAAAUAAGAAAAGCUUGGAAACUUUCGCGCAAAUAAAUAAGACUGAACGGAACUGAAGCAAUUUCCUCAGCUUUAAAAAAUAUCUUAUAUUGUACAUGCACGCAACAAUUGACAUAAAAGCAGAUAGUCGUUAAAAUUGGUGUUACAAGGACUUUUUAUUCAAAUCAUCUGGCUAUAAGCUUUUGGUGUUUUCAUCGAUACGUAUAUUGUUGUAUAAUGUUUAGCAGUAUUGCGUCGUUUAUCUUUGGAUCAAGUACCACCGAAAGCACAAAUUGUAAACCUAUUAAAAUUUCUGAAUUACAAGAAGGCCAAAACUGUAAUCUUACUCACGAUAAGCAACGGGAAGGACGCUCUGAAAAGCAUUCUAAAACCAAUGAAACUAACGUUGAGUAUCAAGGGAGACGUAAAAGUAAUAAACGCAACAAUCGAAAGAAUAAAAACAACAAACAUGUCCUAAAUAAAAUAAAGCCAGUUAAUUCCGGACCAAAUUCCGUUUUAGAUGUCUUAACAUCAGCAUCGUCUGAUGCCGAUUUUGAUUUAGGUGAUGAUUGGUUUCUUGUUGAAAAAGAGGACGUGAAUAGCUCGAGCUCAAAAGAGGAUUUGAGUUUAGCUGAACAUUACAAUAGAACAUCAACGCCGAUUUCGGAGAUAUCAGAUUUUUCAACAGUGCACCAAGACAAUAGUAACAACACGUAUCAAAAUCAGCAAAAGAAUUUUGAAAAGCAUAAUUGUGACUUAACCUCUGGAUUUAUCGGAGCUAGUAUUAGACCUACUGCAAUAAGUAAAUUUCGUAAUACAACUAGCAAAUCUGACGUUGAUGGCUCCAACAAGUCGAGGUUGUUUGCUGAUAACAGCGUCAAUGAACCGCUGCACACUGUUGCCGAUAAUAAAGAUUUAGGACAUAACCUUAGCUGUGGCAGUAGUGAUAGUAAUGGUUCUGGAGCUAAACUAUUUACAAUGGUCGAUUCAUGGUAUAUGACACCUCCGCCAUGUUUUGUUUCUACUGGCCCUAUUUACAUGGAAAUGUCACCAUUUGAAAAUUUACUUAUUGAACAUCCUAGUAUGUCAAUAUAUCACAGUAUUAAGGCUGCUCAAAAAGCUUCUGAAUGCUUUGCAAAUUUUGAUCUCGAAGCAGAUGAAAUAAGUCAGACUCAGGCAGACACAAAAGAAAACUUCAAUCCUCUAGAGUCACAUGCAAUAAUUUUUGUCAAGCCAUCGUCAGCUUUAUUAGGACAAAAAACUGAUCCAAGUAUCGGAAAAAGUGCUAAAACUCCGCGUAUUGACAAUUGUAAUGCGACUAAGCUAAAAAUGGAGCUAUUUGCCUUGAAUAGCCAAAAGAGUUUAGCAAUUUCCGACCGUCGAAACCUUCGUCGUAAUGCCAUUUUGCGUGCAAAUCAGGUGCGUGAAAUCCAAGGCAGGAGUGCUCCUCGGCGUCGCACUGACAUGCAACACUCUCGAGUUAUUAGUGGAGCUAAUAACAAUCGUAAAUGUUGUUAAGUACAUUAAUUAUUAUCAACAAAGCUAAACUGCGAAACGGAUAUAUUCAUAUAAACCGAUAUAAUAAUAAGAAUAGAAACCAUGUAUUUAGUAUUAUAUAUAUAAAUAAAUUUUAUUAUUGUUUUUGAAUAAUAUAAAUAAAUAUAUUAUGUCCAAUGCUCA